UUUCACUCUUAAAUUCACACCAUCGAAAACUACUCAAAACAGAUAGAUUUACAACUGUACCAGAAAGACAAAUUUAGCAUGGGAAACCGAGAGCCUAGAGGAAAACCCAAUAUGCUUUCAUUUCUGAAUUCACUCGGAUGUCCUCUUCUUCAUGCUCCCCUUCCAUUUCCAAACUUUAAAAAAAAUAAAAUGAGCAAUGACCAAACCUAUAAAAGCACGCCAUUAAUUACCUGCUCACCAACCUCGCUCUACACUAUUAUCACAUAAUACUCUCUCUUCCUCAACUACUCAUUUAAACUUCAACACGUCUGUGAUUUUGUUCAUCGUAAAAUCCCCAAUUUAAUUACACAAAUCAUUCGCCCUAAUUUUUCUAAGCAACAAUGUCGAUAUACAAACUUGCUGUGAUCAUCAAAAACCCUUUAAAUAAGGAGGAAUUUCUCCUAGUCAAGCAAAUUAGACCUCGCAAAUUCGGAAUUGAAGAGUAUGAUUCUUACAUUGAUUCUGAUCUCUGGGAUUUUCCAUCUGUUCAAUUGAGUAUUUUACAAGGUGAAUCGGAAAUUCAAGUUGAAGGAGCUGAAUCAUGCUCUGCUAAACUUGAUUUGAAGAAAUUUGACCUGGAUUUGGCUUUAAAUCAGGUUUCAGAGCAGGUUGGAAUUGAGAAGUUGGUUGAAGGGCAGUGGAAGUUCUGGAAGUUUGUGGAAGAGCCUGAAUUCGGACCGGGACCUCCGAUUCAAACGGUUUUUAUCACUGGCUACUAUGGAGUUGAUGAUAAAAGUUGUGAUGUGGCAUGCCAGUGGAUGUCCUGGUCUAAUUGCUCCAAAUGGCUCUCCGAAGUAACACAGGAUAGUUAUCGUAUGGGGCCCUUGGUGGUUAAUGGUUUUCUACACGACUCUAAAUACUCUAAGUGGCAUGUUCCGCGUAAUUUGAAUUACCAGGAAUAUCCUCUGGGUGUUAGACUUGUACCGAUGGAAAGUAGAACUGGCAAGCCUUUCUCCACUACGAACUUGUUAGUCAUUGCUCCACAGAUUGUUGCCAAUGGGGAAAGCGGUAAAGAUUUUAUUGCUCAUGGAGAUGCACUAAUAAUAGAUCCAGGAUGCAAAUCUCGGUUGCAUCAACAGCUUGCAGAUAUUAUUGCAGCUUUACCAAGAAAGCUGGUCGUGUUUGUUACACAUCAUCAUCCUGAUCAUGUUGAUGGUUUGUCAGCUAUUCAAAAAUGCAACCCUGAUGCAAUCCUCUUGGCUCACGAAAACACAAUGCAUCGUAUUGGAAAAGAUGACUGGUCUCUUGGGUAUACAUCAGUUGCAGGUGGGGAAGAAAUAAAUAUUGGGGGCCAGCGACUUCAAGUCAUUUUUGCCCCGGGCCACACGGAUGGUCAUAUGGCAUUGCUCCAUAUCAAUACUCAUUCACUGAUUGUUGGUGAUCAUUGUGUUGGGCAAGGUAGUGCAGUUCUAGAUGCUUUUUCUGGUGGAAAUAUGGGAGAAUACUUUAAUACAACAUACAAAUUCUUGGAGCUUUGUCCGAACACUUUGAUUCCUAUGCAUGGGAGAGUCAAUCUGUGGCCAAAACACAUGCUUUGUCGAUAUCUCAAGAAUCGCAGAGAUAGAGAAUCUUCAAUCUUGAGUGCCAUAGAAAAUGGCAGUACUACUUUAUUUGACAUAGUUUCCACUAUAUAUAAAGACGUUGAUCGUGUCCUGUGGUUUGUUGCUGCAUCAAAUGUGAGGCUCCAUGUUGAGCAUCUAGCUCAACAGCACAAAUUACCUGAGGGCAUGUCCUUGACAAAAUUUCGUCGAACUUUUGGAUUACAUUUUGCAAUCAACUGGAUCUGGGCAUACACAUGCAAUUGUAUAUCAUCAAAGGUUAUGAAGAUUAGACGACCUAAACUCAUUGUUUCUGCAGUUGUUGCUUGCUUUGCUGCAUUGUAUUGUGUAAGAACUAUGCCUACUUUAAAUCAUUAGUUUUAUUAUGCCAUCACUAUGGAUACUUGAAAAAUAAACUUUCAGGCUGAUAAGGUUAAACAAGCCACACCUCAUAGUUAUUGUGUAUCUAUCUUAUUCUAGAACUUGUGCUAUCUACUAAGUAUCUUAUUCUAGCCAUUUGCAUUACGUACAUUUUGUGUAAAUUUGGCUAAUGCAAGUUGGUUUGUUUAAUCUUAGUGAUUUAUCAUUGCACCUUAUUAUAUAUUUCCUUCUUUUUUA